AUGUCUCUUUGCGUCUCCUUCUUUCUGUAAAUCUUUCUUUUUAUACUUUUUUGUAUCCAAAAGCAUAAGACAAAAAAACGAACAAAGGAAGAGAGAGAAAUAUCUAGUCACGAUGUCGGACUUUCUUGAAGAGUGUGAAUUUGUCGACACUUCACUAGCCGAAGAUGAUCUAUUUGCCAUCUUAGAGGGUCUUGAAGGCGCCGGAGAGAUAUCUCCAACGGCUGCAUCUACACCUAAAGAUGGAGCCACAAAUUCCAAAGAGUUAGUAACUGAUCCAAACUACGAAACUUCAUCUCCUAAAAAGAAGAGGAAAAGACUAGAAACCGAGAAAGAAGAUGAAGAAGAAGAAGACGGAGAAGAAGAAGAAGAAGAAGAAGAGAAUAAGCAACAAAAGAUGUCUCACGUAACCGUGGAACGCAACAGGAGAAAGCAAAUGAACGAGCACUUAACCGUUUUACGUUCUCUUAUGCCUUGUUUCUACGUCAAAAGGGGGGACCAAGCAUCGAUAAUAGGAGGAGUUGUGGAAUACAUUAGCGAGCUACAACAAGUUCUUCAAUCUUUAGAAGCCAAGAAACAACGUAAGACGUACGCAGAAGUCCUUAGCCCGAGACUAGUCCCGAGUCCUCGUCCUUCACCUCCUGUCCUAAGCCCGCGAAAACCACCUCUUAGCCCGCGUAUCAGCCACCAUCAUCUCCUUCUGCCUCCUAUAAGCCCUCGAACCCCUCAGCCUACAAGCCCAUACCUGGCCCAUGCCCCGCAACUACCACUCAUCCCACAGCCUCCUCUUCGUUCUUAUAGCUCAUUGGCCGGUGGUAGCAGCUUAGGGGACCCACCUCCAUACUCUCCAGCUUCAUCUUCUUCCUCUCCUUCAGUUAGUAGUAUCCGUGAGAGUAGUGUGAUAAAUGAGCUCGUCGCUAACUCUAAGUCGGCUUUGGCUGACGUGGAAGUGAAGUUCUCAGGAGCUAAUGUGCUGCUCAAAACGGUGUCGCAUAAGAUCCCUGGACAGGUUUUGAAGAUAAUCGCUGCUCUUGAGGAUUUGGCUCUCGAGAUUCUUCAGGUUAAUAUUAACACCGUCAACGAAACCAUGCUUAAUUCUUUCACCAUCAAGAUUGGAAUUGAGUGCCAGCUAAGUGCCGAAGAACUGGCUCAACAAAUUCAGCAAACAUUCUGCUAGUAAAAGAAGGAUUAAAUACAUCUUCCACAUAAAUCCUAACAAGAGAUCAGUACGUACUCACUUCAUUUCCUUAUUAUCCUUUAAUUUGUCUUCAAACCUUUUUACAGAUGUAUGCAGAUAUUGAAUAAAAUGGUUAUUUUAGAUUGAAAACAAAUAUUGAUUAAGUUUGACUAAUAUAGGUGAGGUUAUAAAGUUACUAGCUUCAAAUAUAACAGCGUCAUCACAUGUUUUUUUUUCUUCUUAAGUUUAGACUUAUAGAGUAACAGUACUCUAUGCAUAUGAAGACAGUGAAU